AUGUUACAGGCAUAUAUUUAUAAAUCGACUGGACAAAGUUUCAAUUCUGGUGGUGACCAUGCAGCCUGUGGUCGGCCUUACCGUUCUGGACGUAUGUAUUUACCGCCUUGUGAUAUGAGGAAGCAGGGUUUCUGUAAUACACCUGGGAAUACUUACCCUUGGCAUGCUGUUAAACGAUUUGUUCGUGAUAAUCAAGGCCUUAUGAGAAGAAUGUAUGGUGAUCAACGACAUGGUCACGUUUUAAAAUCCGAAUUUCAUGAUGAAGGUUUUUGGAAUUCUGCAAAUGAACCGUCUUUAUCGUCUAAAUAUUAUGAAUAUCAUGAACAAGAUACAGAUAACGAUUUAGUUCAAGAAAAUAAUUUAGAUCUAGAUGAAAAUGAAGCUAGAUUAUUUCCUGAAAAUGUCGCUAAUGAGGAUGUUCUUAAUACUAAAUUUGUUUUUUCUGAAGAGCCUAUACUAUCAAUAAAAUUAUCAAAUUUAAAAACCGUACAUUCCUUUAGGCAUACUACACAGAAGACUCCUAAAAGUACACUAACUGAAAAUGAAAUAAACACUUUAACCGAAACUACGGAUAUCGGUACAACUUCAGAGACAACUAUUCAGCAAACUAUAUCAGCUGGUAAUAAUUUAACUAAUGUCGACAGUAGUACAAAAACGUAUAUGAAACCUGAAGAAAAUACUUUCAAUGAAAAUGGUGAAAAGAAAGAAACAAUAUUAUUCCAGGAUAUGGAGGAAAAGAAACGGCCUAUAAAUUUUAACCUGAAAGGAGUAAACGCUUGUCCAGUUAAAGAAGAAGUGGUAGCACCAUUUUGGGCGAAUAAUACUCGUGGAGAGACAUUGGCACUUUUAAAUAUGUACCCAUUUGAGCAGUACGUUCAUUGGGAGAAAUGUACAUUUGAACUUCGUAAAAUGUAUUGCAGAGAAGGUUGUCGCUGCGAGCAGCAAUACCGACUUCAUAGGCUUUUAGCUUACGACCCGAAUAACGAAUGCAAAGGCAUAUUUUCAGACUGGUUUCGUUUUCCAUCGUGUUGUAUUUGCAAAUGCUAUGAUUUAACUGUUGAUUUUAGAGUUACUUCAAGAAGUCCUAGAAUUCAAACAUAUGAUUAA